AUGGCGGCUGCGUCUUCCUCCGUGGCCAAGGGCGCUUCCGGUGCUGUGAGGUCGUGGCGGACGGCAUUCCUGACGCUGAGAGACGAGGCUCUCGCGGCCCCUUCGCCCGCCGCGGUGUCCGAUCUCCUCCAUGCUGUGGUUCUCUCCCUGCCGCCGGGCGUGCUGGGGGCGGCUGCGAUCGAACUUCCCGUUCAUGAGGUGUGGGCUCUCAUCGUCUUGUUGAAUACGUAGUUGCUAGUGGUGGCUUGGUUCUCGUAUUUUCUGUUUAAUUGGGGGCGACGGGUGGUGAAACAGGUCGUCUCGGAUGUGGUGUUCCUGGCAGAACUGGGCUCUGCUGUGGCAGAAUGUGAAGGUGUAGCGGAAACUCUGCUUCAAGUCUGCCGGCUGGUACUUUUGUUGCUUUCCCUAUGCUUUCGCUCAUACACUGAUUUUUUUUUUCUCGUUCAAAUGACAACAAAUUUUUUUAUUUAGUAUCGUGAAAUGGCAUCAAAAGCAUCGCGGCAUGGGCUGUUUAAAAUAAAUUCGUUAAAUGUCCUUGAUUUUUUGUUCAAAUUGGUUGACAUGUCUAGUGGACAUGCCAUCAGCAGCAUCACAGAGUGGGCUGUUUAACUUAAAUGAGUGAAAUGUCGGUGAUGUUUAUUGAAAUUGGUUGUCGUGGCUCGUGGGUUGGUCUUUUUUCAUGCAGCUGACCAAAAUAUUUAUCUGCUCAAUUGGAUAAGUGAAUAUGUGGGGACGGGGUUAGUGGAAGACUUUGAAAUUAAGGCUUGGGCCAUGCCAUGUAGUUUAACCGAUUUAUAUUUUCAUAGGCAUCCAGAAUUAAUGUGAUUUAUUUUCUUCGUGUGCCAAGUUGAAGAUUUUCAAAGAAAAUUGAUCCAUUAUUGAAAUGUACAGUUUGCUUUUCAUGUAAUGUGAAUCAUUAUCUUGAAUAUUAUUACACUGCUUUCUUUUUUGCCCUAGCAGAUCCACAAUGUCAGCUGCAAGGUUCGCCUUGAAGUACAUUCAUCCUCGUGGAUCAUUAUGUUGGAUUUUUUCGAAAAAAUACUUGAAUACUUCCGUGGAAAGACAAGUAAAAGGAUAGAACUUUCGAUUAGCUCGGUUGGAACAAAAUGUGUGAUAGAGAUUGUGGAGAUUCUCAGGUUUGAACAUUCUUUCUAUCUUUCUCAAACCCUUUUCUAGUGUUUGAAUGCUAUUGUUGGCAAUACUUCAAGAAUUUUAUCUUAAUAUCAUAAUUUCAUGAGUCUUUCAGGUGCAUCAUCAAAGGAUAUGGACUGAAUUAUUCGUCACUAGAUAGUAUGGCGUUAAUCAGUCUCCUUCUUCAUAUUGUUUCAUCCUCAUUUGCUGGACUGCUCUCUCAAUCGUUUCAAAACUCUUUUGAGAAUACUAAGAGUGGAAGAAAAGAUACUAAUUAUAGCAAUUUGUGGGAGUUGCAUACUCUUGCAUUUUCUAUGAUAGGAGAUGCACUCUCAAGAAAUGGUUCCUCUAUUUCUAUUGAUACGUGGCAGUUUGCACUUGAGGUUAGUGUGCUUCUACCUAUGUAUGUAUAAUGUCAUACACAUGCACGCACACUUCAUUAACUCCUUUCCCUUUUGGUCCAAAAAGGUUUUGAGAGAAUUUAUGGACGUUUUUGCAUCGAAGAAGUCACUUUUGGAGGGCUAUGAAAUGUCCAGGUAUUACCUUCCACCAAUCAUUUGGAUACUGAACAAGGGGAAAAAAAAGUUAAAUAAGGGCAAACAAAACUUUGAUCUUCGUUUUGUGCAGGUUUUAUGUUGCUCUUCUAGAUUGUUUGCAUUUGGUCCUUUCAAGGCCUGGGGUUUCUCUCUCUGAACAUGUAGUCCCUUAACUUAUCCAUUUGAACUAAUUCAAACUUACAAAUUUGGCAACCAUAUAUUUCUAACGAUUUUUUUUUGGUCAAUUCAUAAGGUUACAGGUCUUGUGGUGGGCUUAAAAAUGUUUCUCAUGUACGGACUCAAUCGUAAAUCUACUUUGUUUCCUGGAAAUACUAGUUCCAGGGAGAAAAGUUUUAGUGUUCCAAGACAGAAAUCUGGGUCUGCGGAAAUUAGAAAUACUGAGAAUUGCCGAUAUGUACCCCCACAUCUACGCAAAAGUGGGGGGCUGGUUUCUCAUCCAUCAGAUACUCCAGCUUCGGAGUAUGAAUUUUCCAAGUAUGAUGUCACUUCAUCUGAUUCAGAUCUCAGUGAUAGUGACAAACCUACAAAGGGUGGUGACAUAUUUCGAAGCUCUAAAACUAGAAUUGCUGCUCUGGUUUGCAUACAGGUCAGAUUUGUAGAUACAGUUCAUGUUUUUAUUUUAACUAACCUUAGUUGAAGAAAUAGCUGAACUCUUAAACUUGAACUGAAGUGUACCUGUCUUUCAUAUGGCACAUUGCGCUAAAUACAGAUCGAUUCAUGAAUUAUAGACGGUGUUUAUUAAAUAUUUCUUUAUGCAGUUCAUGUUAAGAAACUUCGCACUUUGACAUCCUGCUUCCUAAAUCCUUGCUUAAUAUGUAUGAAUUAUGGGUGUUUGUACGAUCAAGGAAAUGUCUGCGCCCUUGUUACUUAGGCAACAAUACAAGGUCCCUCGAUAAUUGGGUUGAUCUGGCUUAAAACUUCUUAAUGAAAAUGGAUACUUAAAGUUGUUUAGUGUUAUACUACUCUUUUUUUCUUCUUCUAUACGUCGUUUAUCUACUUGUUACUACUAUCCUCUCCUCUCCUCUUUCUUAUUUUUCCUCCAUCAGCGGUGGAUAAUGAAAGACUUAAUGCAUGUAGCUUCUGUUGCACGAGGACAGGCAAUAAAAGGAGGGCACAACCUGUAACCACCCAAUCCAAUGGAGAUCUGCCAAAAUGUUUCUGAUUCUUUUUCAUAUUUUUUUAACCUUCAGUGAAGGAGGACUGAUUGGGUUUCCUUCUAUGGAACUGGAUCAGGAAGCCACAAUUAUGUUUCAAUCUUGGCUAUUAGAAUUGACAUCUCUCGAUCCUAUAAGGCAUAUGCUGAGUGAAACGUGGAGAGAUGAUGAAUCACAUGUACUCAUAGCAUUUGUACCUGGUCUUGGUUAUCAUAUCGAAAUGAACUUUCAUUUUUUCUUUUCGGAUGGGGUGUGGUGAGAUGGGGGGAUUAAGUAAAACUCAUCACUCGGCUGAAUGUCAAAGAUCUGGCGUGGAUCAUCAAUAGUUUUACCAACAUGACAAGCCUGAAUUGCAAAGAUUUAAAUUAUGCUUAGCAUGACAAUUCUCUUCUCUAAGUUUGAAGCUUUUAAUGCCUCGUAAUUUGGUGCUUACCUGAUGUUGCUCCUUACUGUAACCCUAUUGUAACUCCUAUCUCAUCUGUGUAACAAUUUUUACAUGAGCAUGUGAUUACUGAAAGGAUCCAAUAACAAUACUUUAGGAUAUUUUAUUUUUUACAUUCUGCAUUGACCUGCUGAUGAGUUAAUGGUUUAUUCAUUUUGAAGGAUCUCUGUAGAGCAGAUCCUAAAUCACUCACCUCUAUUUGGGCAAUGCUGUUGCCCAUCAAUGAUGUGCUACAAACAGGGUAAAAUCUUCGCCCUUAUUUUACAUGUCAUACUCGUGUACAUAUGCUAUCCUUUUUUGGUUAUGAUUCAUUUUCUUCAUUUGAUUCUGUUGUGCAGGAAAUACCAAGACACUUUAAUGGCUUGUUUACUUUUUGAUCCAGUAUUAAAGGUAUUUAAUAUGUAUUCAAUGUGUUUUCUCCCUAAUGGUCUCUCGUGAGCUCUGUUCGGUUUCACUGGUAAAGAUUUUGCUUUAAAUUUUUUGGUUCGGUUGCUGAUUUUUUUAUUGUCGAAAUAACAUAUUUUCUUAUUAAUGCGUUUCAUCUUAUUACUCGCUGACAUUGCAUCUUGUGCUAAGUUUUCUCAGUUUGAUGAUAAUCGAAGUGCUCAACAUUUUUAAGUUUGUGCGUUUAUUUCUGUUUCAUUCUUAAUAGCUUUAAUUGUGCUUCUUCUCAUUAGUUAACUGAAAUUUUCUGCUUUUUGUUUGCAGACACGGAUCACAUCUGCAUCAGCUUUAUCCACUAUAUUAGAGUUUAAUUCUUCAGUCUUUCUACAAGUAGCAGAAUACAAGGAAUCUUCAAAGUGUGGAUCAUUUACAACUCUCUCUUGUUCGCUUGGGCAAAUUUUGAUGCAGAUUCAUAGAGGUACCUCAAAGUAUACACUUUCUAUAAUUACGGUACUUUUUCGAAUUGCAAUUUAAAAGUUUGUGGGAGGGAAUUGCUAAUCAUUUUAGCUUAUGUUGCUUUAAUCUAUCGGAAUUAAUUGAACUUUUUAUUGUGUCAACUUACAUAUGCUUUUCCUAUGAGAUUUAUGUUGCUUUAAUUCGGGCAAGCUCUGUUUUGUUAAAGUUUUGUAUACUGAUUAACUUAUUUGCACCUUUGUCCAUGCAUAAACGUAUUGCUCUUUCGAAUACUCUAAUGUACUCGCAUACUUAAUGUGAUCCAUACCAAGCUUGCGAAGGGAUAUGUUCAUACUACAUUGAUUUAGACUCUCAAGAGCUGAUGGUAUCAUUUUGGCCCAUGUUCUACGUCCUGUGUCAGAUCUGAUGGACUUGUCAAUGGAGAAUAAAACGAAGUGUUUGGCUAUGUUCUGUUGUCUGUAAACAUUUUUUUUCUACAGUUUCUCCCAGUUUGUGAUAGCAAGCCCUUGUUUUUAUCUAGUACAGCCAGUCCUGUAUCACAUGGCUUGCCAGAUAAUAUAUUGUUCAUAUUCGUCCUUGUACUUCAUCACUGAAUUCCCAUCUGUCUUGCUCAUUAUGGCCCUACUCUCCUUAACUUUACCCUGGACUCAGUAGGGUGGGUGAUGGACUUGGUCGGUGGAGAAUGCAUAAUAUGUGGGACAGGCUGAUUUCACUUGGUGAGGAUAGGCUAGCCUUGAGGGGUGGAGACGGAAUAUCUGAGAUUGGAAAUAUUGGACUGCGCACAAGUGAUUGAAAGAAGGGAGAUCAAUAAUACUGCGAGGAAAUUGAAUAGCGGAGGAAGAGGAAGUAUAAUAUCGGAGCUUUUAAGGUAUUAAUGGGAAAUACGAGGGCCAUAUACUCGUGACCAUGAAAUGUUUAUGGUUGAACUUUUACUUAAGGUCAAAUUUGGUAGCCUGAUUUUGUUUAUUCAUCGGGAGGAUGGAUCAUGAGAUGCAGCCAAUCAUAUAUUGAAAUUGAAGCAGGGGUAUAAAUUUGUUAAAAUGGUAAACUGUAGCAUAGGAUGACGAGUUUGACAACCGUGAGGGCUACUUCAUCGUGAAACCCGCAAGGAAAUGAGCGAGGGAUGAGAGAAGCCUGAGCAGUCUUCAUAAUUUCAAGCUGCAUCCUUUGAGUUAAACCAAUAUUCUCAUAAAUGUGAUGAUUGCUGUGGAAAAUAGUGCAGGAACUAAGAUCACAUGUUUCUAGUGGAAAGAUGCCCCGGAGUAUGAAGAUCAUUGCCUAAACAAUGAAAAUUGUUAGAGAAAAUAGUAAUAAGAUUGAAAAACCCUCAGCUAUUUCCCAGUGAGUUUCACCGAGCUGAGAAAAACGAGCAAUGAAAAACAUAAUAAUAGGCUCUUGUUUAGCUCAAAGUAGAUGAUCUGUAGAUACCAAAAUGCAUUUAUUUAAAAGAGCUAUACUUAUAUAUUCUCUCAAGAGAAAUCAAUGGGUAUGUUUGACGAACGUAUUUAAAGCAGAUUGUCGAUUAAAACACAGAUUUGCAGCAGAUGCCUAAGAAUAUAGUCAAGUUCUCGAUGUCACUGUGCGACAAUGGAGGAGACAAAAGUUUAUGAUGACAAAGGAUAUAUGAUUGAAGGAAUAUAAUCAAUGUGCUCAAGGUGGUUAUAAUUCGUCCACUCUAGGUCUUGUUCCAGUCUUCUGGGUUACACACAAGUUUAGCUUUACAGGUUUUUGAGAAAGGCCACCAAUAAGGAGGAUCAUGAUGAGCAUCUUUUGCUAGGUUGAUAUUUCACUUAUCAAAAAUCGAACUUAUAUGAUUGCCAAUUCUGCCUAUUUAGCUCAUUUGUGAAACCUAGUAUAUCCUAGUUCCACUGUUUCUCUUAAUGGUAGAUGUGUCUGACAGAAGGGCACAUUCCUGGGACUACCCUAUCCUUUGCAAUUGAAUCACAUGCGUCAGACGACCCAUCAGUGCUCCUGAUUGAGCAUAUCUCGAAAUUUCUGUAUCAAUUAAAUGAGGAAAUCUCUAGUUGGAUUGUAGACUAUGAGUCAUCUCACAAGUUACGGUACGUCCCCAUUGGCUGAUUUCGCUUUAGUUCUUGGCUUUAAAUUUCUUAUUAUGAAUGGCACCAAGCCUUCCAGCAGUGUAAUUAUUUCAACAGAGAGCAACAAUAACGGCGGAGUAAUGCUAGGACUAGCAUUGUAUAUUGGUGGAGAUGAAACCUUAUGAAGGCCAGAAGACUCUGAUGAUGAUAUUGCAGUUGACAAGGUACAUUGGUGACAUGGCACUUUGAACUCCCAGAUGAUGAAAUUCAACAGUUUUUUUUUCUGGUGAUCAGCAUCAUAAUCAAGUAAGGAAAAGCCAGUUGCAGUUGCUCUUUCAAUAAAAUUUUCAAUAACCUCAAGUAAGAAACCAAAUCCACCUCUACAUCACAACAAAGGGAAGAUAAUGUGGUGCUUUCUGUUAAGAGGAGAGUUGCCUUAUAUAUGUAGAUACUAGGGGGACAUACGUUUUAAGUGUAUGAGCAACCACAUCUAGGAGAAUCUGUGCGCACGCUAAUGACUUGGAUAGACGAGGCAUAUGGAGUCUAAAUAUUAAUUAGGUAUAUUGUUCCAGUUUUGAAGAUCCUGUUUGGUAAACUGGUUGGCUCAAGACCUGGGUUGAUUUGCCCAGUUUUGAGUACGAGACCAAGUAAUUACUGCUCUACUGAUGGCUUGGGUUUGCUCAUGUGGUGCAAGUGAACUUCUCCUAAAUGUGUUUGGGAAGUGGCUGAUGUUUACCAAAGCUUGCCUUGUAUCACCUUGUUUGUAUCUCCUCAAGAAGGGAGUACUCCGAGCCUGAUGCAUGGCAGAGAGAAAAACUUGUCUAUAGAGAUGGGGUUUUCUGUGAGAGAUUUGUGACUUUUUCCUUCUCUGGGUUACCAUCCCCGACUUUUGACCCUCUAGUACAUAGAUUCGCGGCGAGUUUACUACAUGGAAUCAUGGGAGUGCCGAUUACAUUUAUGUAGUGGAAAGUAGUUGUGUACCCAGUUUGCGAGACCUUAUUGUAUUGUAUUACUAUGAACUUAAUUUGUUUCACAAGUCACUACAUCCAUUAUCUUUUUGGGUCUAUGUUCUGCAGGCAUUCUUCACUUGAUUCAACAUGAAACUAACGGAGGACUACUGGCAUCUGUGUUCAAAAUUCUUGCUCUUCUUAUUUCUGCUACACCGUAUGGUUCUAACUAGAGAUGGCUAUUCCUUUUUUCUUUUAUGGUUUUACAUGUUUGUGCAUAUUGUGUCGAAAGCUUCAUUAUUUGCGCAAUAUUCAUAGGCAUUCUGCGUUUUGCAUUUCAGGGACUGCAUAAUCAUAGGCCAAUAACCUGUCUUUAUUCAUUUCAAUGAUGCGUGACCAUCAGGAUAACUAAAAAAAUUUAUAAAAAAUAAUUCGAAUGCCCAAAGAAAAUAGCGGAAUAGACUGACUUCAACUGCACUAGCUAAUAGUUUCUAAUGGGAAGGGGAAGUUGAAUUCAACAAGAAUGCCACUUGGCAGGGACUUCCGUCUGCACAACUAAAAUAAAUCUCUUGUUCAAUGAGGGAUUUCGGUUUCAUUUGCUUUCUCCUUAUCCUGUCUUAUGGACUGCUUUCUGAACAUUGUGAGGCAACAUCUUGUUCCAAGUUGCAUGUUCAUGCGUAUGGAAGGUUAUCAGGGAACCAAACAUCUUCUUUUCUGAAGAGGUCUUCUUGGUAAUAUCCAUUGAAUAAACUGACACAUUUAAAACGACUCACGAACGGGGUGAAAUAAGAGCCCUUUGCAAUCUCCUCUGGCGAAAUCAUGUCAUCCAUAUUAACUCGCAUAGUGCUACAAUCAUUAUCAAUGAUGAAUCCAGUACUGAUCUAAGACCACUCUAAAUCACUAGAUAUGAAAAUUCUUCCUUGAUGGAUUUCAACAGAUCUAAAGGCCAUCUUUGUGUUAUAAAAUAUUCUAACACCAGGUUGACAGAUAGCCCCAUCAUCCAAGAUUUUUUCCAUGUUUGAAGGUAGGCAGUGCCAUUUGUUCGCUUAGCAUAGAAAUAAUCAUAGGGAUUACCAGUAGGAUGCUUAAAUAUAUUUUUUAAACUGGUGGUUUCCUCUUUUAAUUUUUAUCGAAAUUAUCUGUCUUUUAUAAAAUCUUCCUGUUGAUUAUUCUUCGAAGCUUCUCCUUAAAAUCAUCUAAUUAUUGGCAUAGAUCGGUUUAAAAUAUUGUGGUGGUCAUAAAUCAUUGCUAGAAAAAACUAAACUUUCUAUGGACCUAUAAUACUACCGGAUGACCAAUGAAUAAUUGCAGGAUAAUAUCCUUACUGAAAUAUACGUGUCAGUUACCCUGGAUAAGUAAGCAGUAGGAAGGAUAAACUUCAGUAAAUAUGUUUUAUCAUGAUGGAUAAACUUUACUAAUAGAUACCGAGGUUCUCAUUUUUCUCAUAAAUAAACUUGGGUAAUUAUGUUUUGUAACAGAUACUCGCGAAUGCCUGGAGAGUUGUUGCCAACGGUCAUAACGUCCAUAUCAGAAAGGAUCCGAGUAGGUCCUACUCCAAAAGCAGAUCAAACAACUUUUAUGGUGAGUCUUAGUCUUUUUUGAUUUUGCAUAGUUGUACUUUGGCACAUCGAUUUUCUUAUUAGUAAUGUUGACAGGGAACAGCUUUUAGUUGCCUCGCAGCAGCAAUGUCUACAUCACCAUCACAGAAUGUCUCAAUAAUGCUCAAGAAGGAGUUGUCACAAGGUUUCCUUUAUUCUACUUCUGUAAAUAUUUUUUUUUCAGUGAAACGCUACAAUUCCUAAUGGAUAAAAAUCUGCUCACAUUUCAGUUGGUUGCUGUAGCCUCUCGUCAUUAACUUUGAUUUACAAUAUUUUCUGAAAUGUGGUCCAAUCCUCUUGACCAAAUGUUUUUGGUUUCUGUUAUAAGAUGAGUGGAUAUUAUGGAUUGACAUAGUCCAAUACGAUCGCUAGAAUUGGUUUUAUGUUUGCAUGGCCGUGAAUGAAUAUUUGGUAGUCAGUGAUUUCUAGAAAAUAGCAAAUGAAAUUUUUAAAUAAACAUACGGGCUAAAGAACAUGAGGGCCCAUUUUCUUGAAAAUGCAGUGCUGGAUUUUCUAGGACUAACUUUGGUACUUUGACUUUGGUAUUUCUUGCAGAUGCGUCUCUCUUGCAUAAUUUGGUUUUCUUAUGGUGUAGAAGUACCGCCAUAUCUUUGUUGUUCAUGCAUAUGCCAUUUCUCUUUUAAUUCUUUACUUUUUCUUUUAUGAGGCCAUUGUUCUGAUGCUGUGAACUUCAGGUUUUAGCCCUUUGUUGAUGGACCAUAAGUUGAUCAAGCGAAGGGAAUAAAUGGGAAGUGUUAAAUGCUUUUUGGGAGCUGUUGUGUAGAAGCAUGAGAUAGAAAUCGCAAAGAUGAUUUAGGCCAAUCCCUUUUGAAGGAAUUAUUGGGUAUCCACAUGUUCGACUUUUAACUCAGUUACAAGGGGCAGAAGCAUAUGAGCUGAAAAAUGAGACAAUGACGGAGCAAUGAGCUAGAGAUUCAGGGUAAAGAGGGUAGUUGAUAGUGACGUACAGGAGUGGAUGUUGGUGGCUGUUGAUUUGUGCUAAAACAGGAGCUAUCUUUGGGAGGAGAUUACAAGCAUAGUUUUUAUUGUCCCCUAGUUGGGUAAAAUAAGUAGUUGGGAUAAUGAGGGUGACGAAGUGAGGAACACUGAAUGCUAUUUUACAAUGACACGAUAUUGUAUUCAGGAUAUGUUUAAUAUAUUUCAUUAUAAGCGCUGAGCAAGGGUUUAUGGUGCUUUUCAUUCCAUUGGAUUCAGUUUGUCACUCAGAUAAAUAAUCUGUUUGUCAUGUAUUAUCUAGUUGAUUCAUACAUCUAUAUAUUUUUCAUGCUGUCUUCAGUGAUGCAGUAAAAUGUUUAUAAGUUGAUGUUAAUGAUUCCUUACAUGUUUGUCCUUUUGGAUAAGUUUUCCAUCUACACUUCUUUUUUUCAUCUCUGCUUCUUAUUUUGCAUCAUAAUCUUCUGUUUCUGAGAUAUUAGAAAAAAAAAUAGUAUUCUUGAUUUGAAGUUUCACAGUUUCUUCUUUGGAGGCUUUUCCAGCAUUCCAUUUUUAUCUCUUGUAUUUUCCAAUGUAGCUUGAAGGCCUUUUAUUAGAUCUAUAACCAAAAAAGGCAAUGCAUAUUUUCCUUUUUGUCCAUACUUCCUCUAACUAAAUUUGAUUUGCAGAAUUGCUAUUGGAUUACACUUCUGUUCGUAUAAAGUUAACUGUUUUCUAUACUUUUUUGAAGGGAUAAAUGUGAUUAACAACAUGAAAUGCAUAUAGUUUAAAUAGAAUAUUAUAUACCAUUGAUUUUACAUUUCAUUUUUUAACAUCUUAAAUAGUUGGAUUGAUUAUUACAAGUUUUCUUUUGGUUAACAUGUGGAACCUUAAUUUAUGUCCUUUCAGGUGUCAGUUUUACUGCAGGGAAUUCAGAUGUUCUUUCUGUUAUAUUUCAUUUUUCUCGACUGGAAGUACAUCCUACAGUUAGAUUUGAGGCUCUCCAGGUAACUCUUUCGCAUAGCUAGUGAUUUAUUAUUUUGAAAAAAAAAAGACAAGUUCUGGGUUGGGAUUCUAAUCUAUGUAAUGUAUUAAAAGCUAGGAUUCAAGUGUACAUUUAUGAAACCAGAGUUGUACUGUACAUUAAGUACUGGUUCGUAUGUUACAACACAACACCAAGAAAGGAGUUAUUUUAGACAUAAGUGCUCCAGGACAUCAUAAGACUGUGCUAUUUGGCGCUUGUUAGGAUGCUACAAUACAUCACCAAGCGAGGAGCUAUGUAACAAGAAAAUACUUAAAGAGGUGAGAUUCACCCUGAAAACAUAAUUGUGUAUGAAGAAAAAAGCCUUUUUGGAAUUCUACAUACAAUUGGAGUGAAACAACCUGGAAACAAAACUUUCAGAGGUGAGAACAUUUGUUAUCUAGAGAAAAUCUCUAGAAUCAAAUUGUUGGCAUCAAUAUUGGAUUAUUGCUGCAGAUCUAAAAGGUUUCACUUGCCUCCGGUCAAUUGAUGGUGAAUCCUGAUCAUUUUUCUUGUUUUCAUGCCUGAAAGAUCCACUGAUAGGUGAAAAGGUCACUAAAAAAUUUAAACUCUUCUUUGUGAUACUAAAAGAAAGCUUAUGAAAAAAUGGGACUGUGGUCAGGAUUCAAAAGAACAAUGGUUACCAGCUUUAUCAAUUCUUCUUAGCCAUUUCUAUCUUCUUUGAUACGUUGUUAUUAAUUUGGUUCAAAAGUGAUUGGUGUUUAAUCUCAGCCUGCGGUUCAACUCUUUGCUAUCAAAAUAACCUGUGAAAUCUCUGCGCCAAAUUAGAUGACUUUUCUUGGAUUAAAAUAAUUAACGCUUCAUCUUCUUAAUUGUUGGACUAACCUGAUUCUGAUUUGUAGGCUCUUAAAGCAUUGGUACACAACUAUCCAAAUGUAGCAACUGUCUGUUGGGAGGAUCUCUCUGCUUAUGUUCAUCUGAUGUUACAAAGUUCUCUUCCUGAAGAAUCAAAAUGCAGAGUCUCAGAAAAAUUUUCAGUAGAUGUGGGAAAUGCUGUAGGAUUGGCUAAUGAAAGAAGUGUCAUGGCGGCUAUUAAGGUGAAUUCAUUUCUGCUAUUAACAGUAGAUGUACCACCCAUAGAAUUUACUUGACAUGGGUUUAAUACAUAAUGGAGCUAUUUUCUUGAAAAAUUUCCAGUUGUUUUAAUACUGUGAACUAGCAAACCACCUUCUCCCUCAGGUUUCGGAAACUCAUAACAUGUGCUUAUUACCUUGCGUUCUAAUUUCACAUGCAUGAUUUUCAAGGAAAAACUUGGCAUAGAGGUGUCCUGGACAACUAAGGUGUCUGGGCUAACUAGGCUAUCUGCCAUUCGUGUUUAUGUGAGUGAGCAUUUGCUUUGUGAACAUGAACAUUUGUGAUGAGUGAAAAUAAGCGUUCAUGUCCACACAGAAGCAUUGCGUAUGAAUGUGGAUGUGAAAACUUGUGGACACGCAAAUGUGGUCACGAAUAUAAAUAUUAUAUUUUAUAUCACCUAUUUAUGUAAUCCUUUUUAAAUAUUUUUGCUAGGUUAUUGUAUUAUUAUGUAUUUCAAUUAUAUUACAUGAAAGUACGUGUACAUAUUCGCUCUAUUUUUUGUCUAUUUGUUGGAGGUAUAGAUGCUGAUUUUAAACUUCAUUUUAAACUCCUUAUCUAGAUGUCACCUAGCGCCUUUCCUUUUUGCCCAGCCAAUAAUGUAGGGGAUUGCAAUCUUCGUCGUCUCAAAAAAAACUUUCAUUGUAUGUACAUGUGCUUGUUGAAUGAGAUAUGAAUAAUUUUCAGCGUCUUGGUAUCCUCGUCGCUCAACCAAUUUGUCAGUCUUGGGCACGCUCAAGGGGUUAUUUUGUCGUUCAAAUCGGGGUUUGCUGCUGUGGUGUCUUCAACUUUCUUUGAUUUGUUUGCUUUUGGUUCCAAGAUACUUGCAAAUUUUAAAUUUCUCAGUUAAAACGAGUUGACUAAUUCUCUCUGUCGACGCCUUGGACUAAUUUCUGUACAUUUCUAAACGUCGGACUAUCCUAUCAGAAUUACCCUUCACUAUGUUCAGGGGAAUGUUGAAUUUGGGACACCAAGAUGUUGGCAGCAUUCUGUUUUUGUUUAGCACUUUACCGUUGGACAUUGGCUUCCAUCAAAAUUCUAACAUGAGGUCACUUCCUGGAACAACAUUUUGAAGUUGAUGUCCCUGGAAAAACAUAACAGACGAAUGGAACUGAUGAAAAUGACCCUAGAACAAGGGAUUCUGUGGGGAAUGAUAUGAAAAAUUCUUUGUUGUUGCAGUCCUUUCCCUGUUGAACUUGACUAGUGGAUAGUUCUAGAUAAGUAUUAGGAAUAUUUAUCUUUAUACAGCUGAUUCUCUGGUAUCAUACGUCAGCAGACAGAGAAGCAGGUAAUGCAAGUGAACAAAAACUGUUGGUAACAUCAAUGUUGUCUCUUUUUUGAGAACCCAGACACUAUGGCCUGUAAACAUAACUAAGUAAUUUUUAUUCGACAUAAGCAAAUUUAUUCAUUUAUUUUUUGGCUAAUUUAGGUUAUCAGCUCACUGUUUAGAGAUGUUUGGCACAACUAAAAUUCCUUUGAAUUUCAGUUGGGGAGGAUAAGCUUGAUAUCAGUGAGAAGUAGGCCCCAUCACAAAAUAUCAAUAUAGGAUGAAGUCUUAAAUACAGUAUGAAGCUAUUCUUCUUGCAACUCUUUGCAAAAAGGAUAUAAGCCUUAUAUGUAUUCUCUUAUACAGCAUUAAGUACAUAAAAGAGAUGGUUAAUGUUCAAUUUAUGAUCACCUUUUUUGGGGAAAUUUUUGUAUGAUAUAACCAUCCGCUGACCUCAGAAACCAUACACAAACUGAGCAUAGAAAUGUUGACUGUACAAUUUUACUGGCUUAACAAGGGAACUCGAAAAUUAAGAUGUUACUGAGAAAUCUAUUUCAAGCUUGUGGUUUAUGGAGGUUACUCCACACCAGUUAAUGGAAUAGGAAACAUCAUUUAUCAUGCCUCAGAUAGGGAAUCUCCAAAGAAAAUAUGGAAAACAAGGCUAGGGUGUGAUUAGAACAAAAAAAUCAAAUGUAGGUCUAGAAAAGAGGAACAAGUUGAAUUUCACGAAGGCAGAAUUCCACGUAAGCUUCUCUCUGCUUCUGUUUCCAUCUCAGCAAGAACUGUUUGGUCUUGGAUUGGGCAUACACGAUCUGAUUGACUGCAUCAAUGAGAUUAUCCCAAUCCAAGAUAAAACAGCAAAAGUCAAUGCUUCUACAACCUUAUGAAGUAAAUUUUUGGGGAAAAUGAUUCAUACACUUCUGUAUUCCUGAAAUGUUUACUGUCAAUGUCUGUGUCCUGAAGCUGGGUGAGAUGGUUUUCUGACCUUGUUAGAUCGAGUCUGAAAAACCAUCAUAUCCUCAGUGAUGUCCUGAUUGUCACAGCCAAAAGGCAUAAGGACUUUACCUGUAAUGUCCUUGAUCCUUAUGGUCAUCAUCUUUUCUGUUUCCCCCCAACCUCAUUUCAAGGAGAAGGGCAUGACUAGGGAAGAUGGGCAGAUCCAUUUUGGUUUUUAACGUUUCUUUGCUGGAACCCUACUUUGCGUUUCCAACCCUGUGUAAAUAUGAUGAGUUUCUAUCUUUUUCCUUUGUUUAAGCCUUCUGGAUAGCAUAGUUCCAGUGAAUCGCCUUUGUUUACUGAUGCUCUUAUUUCAUGCUACCAAUAAAUGAUGAUCAAUAUUUCAUAUUUUUACUAGAAAGAGAUGGUUUUAUGGCUCAUAUUUCAGUUUGUCUUGUUCAGGUUCUGGAUGAGGGGCUUCGUGCAACAUCUGGAUUUCAAGGAACCGAUGACCUUUUGGAGUGUAGAUUAUUGGAUAUCCAACUUCUAUCUGACAACAGAAGAGCAAAAAGGGUUUCGUCAGCGCCAUCAUAUGAAUCAAGUAUGUUUGGGAUUUUAAAAAAUGGCCCUUCAGGGAAUCCAUCUGGAGCCAAGCAGUGGCAUGAGGUGAUUGAGAAGCAUCUUCCUCUGGUUCUGUCACAUGGUUCCCCAAUGGUGGGUGUAUUUCUUUCUCAUCUCUUUUAUUGUGUGAAAUAUCCCUAUUACAUCCAUUGUCAUCUGCAUAUUGACUUUCUACUUGAAUAGCUGCUUUUCCUUGUUGAAUGCAUGUAUCAGAAUAACCAUCCAUUUGCCCUGAUUCUUGAUUAUUUCAUUUCCUUUUUAAUAUUAAAAUUUUACUAUGUUCCGUGUAAGAGUGUCAAAACCAGCAUUUUUUUGUUUUUGGGAUGUUUUCUAUGGUAAUCAUUUUGACUGAUAGUUUGAUCAUUUCCUCUUCUUUAAUUCUAUCUUUCUAUAUAUUAGUAUAAAGUGAUGUAUAAGUUUCUUCUUUAGAUUACAUGGAGUGCAUAUUUUUAUGUCCCUUAUUUUCUUUUCUUAUUUAAGAACCAUGUAGUACCAGCUACUGUCAGAGGAUAAUUUAGUAUCAAUAAAUAACUGUCCUUAAAGAAGACAGUUAUGCCUUUUCAUUCAAGUUUUUCUUUGACUCAUGCUGUCAUUUAAGGAAUUGGGGAUGAUGCUCAAAUCUUGUUGAUCAUUUAUUUAUUUUUAUUUUUAAUGUUUUCUGGUGAAUGAUGUGAGACACCUUUUUGUUAGAUAAAUACAAAAUUCAUUCUGUUCUUUCUGCCUGUACUUUUGUACCUUACAAGAUAAUAAUCAUUUCUUCUGCAAAUUUAGCUUGGAUAUCCUUUUUUAUUCUCUUGUCAAUAGACAGCGUUUUUCCUUGAAAUGUGUUUUUCACAUCCUUGAGGACGAAUGCACAAGACUGGUGUUCACAAUAAUUCUCGAUGUAGUUAUUUUAAAUUGCUUCAUUCCUUCUUUUUUCAGAUCAGAGCAGCUGGGAUUACUUGUUUUGCAGGAAUGACUUCUUCUGUCUUCUUCUCCCUUGAGAAUGAUAAGCAAAGAUUCAUUGUUUAUUCUCUUGUAAGUUUAGAUAAUGGCUUCGGUCUAUUGCCAUUUGACUUUUUACUAUGAAUAAAACUCACCUUGUAAUCGUAUUGUUUUAUGUAAAACCCUGCAGAUUUUCUCAGCUUUCAAUGACGAAGUACCAUCUGUUAGGUCAGCUGCUUGCCGAGGCAUUGGUGUGGUUGCAUGUUUCCCACAGAUCUUCAGCAGGUUCUUUGACAUCCUCCCUUGGUUUCUAUGAUAUUUAUGACUUAAGCAUUUGAUAAAAUUACGAUCAUAAAGCUUUUCAUUUGCAGCCCAAAACUCCUGGAUGACAUUUUCCAUGCAGUUGAAUUUAACACACAUCAUCCACAAAUUUCGGUAUGUGCAGUAAAUUUUUUAUUUAUUCAAAUGGUUCCUGUUGUGUGAUGGGUCAUCAGCUUGAUGAUCUUCUUAAGAUGUCCAAGGGCAUUAGUAAAAUUGGUUUUUUAUUUAGGUUCGAAUAACAUCCUCCUGGGCCUUAGCAAAUAUCUGUGAUUCGCUUCGCCAUAGAGCAACUGAUCUGCAUUCAGACACUUUUUCAGGUUGCUUUCCAAUCCACAUUCGAUGUCACACUUAUUUGUAGUCUCUAAGUUUGACAUUCUCUGUAUUUGAAGUCAGGUCAUGUUGCUUCUUCGGAGAUUAUUGCACUUUUAUUUGAAACUGCUUUGCGGCUGAGUAAGGAUGGUGAUAAGGUAAUUAGAAGAAAGUUCUAUGUCGUUUUCUUUUGGUCUCUAUUUUUCCCAGAAAUCAGUGUAACAUAAAUGAGUGAUUUUCUGAUUUGCAUGCUAUUUGUAUCUGGUGACUUGGGUUAAUUCAUUUUUCAUAAUUGGACAUCUUUUUCCUUGAAUGGUACAAUGAACUCCAUGAUUUGAUUCUUUUUUUUGGAGCUCUGAACUCACAUUUCCAUUUUCAAAUGGAGAAGACACGCUAAUCCUUGAAACAAUUUGAAGAAAGCAGAGAAGCCUGAUGGUACCCUUAAGAUGAUGUGGUAACAUUUUGACUUGGGAUCACAGUUGAUGGACUCUUCACUUUCAAAGGGGGGAAGCACUAGUCAUAUAUAUGUUCGCUUAUACAACUUCAUUAAUUUAAUGAUUUCUUUCUCAUCUCUUGACAUUUUGGUGUUUAAUUUUCUUUUUAAUAGCACUUGUUGUUUCAGUAGAAAAUAGAUGAUUUUUUCUUCUGAUUUUAUCCGCAUUAUUCGGCUAUCCAACUAAAACUAAUUGGGAAUGAGUGGAGGCGGCAAAUCUUUUGCUUUCACCAUGGGAGUAUUCUUAGACUUCUCUUCAUGUAAGCCCACUUUUUGCUUUUUUGAUGUGUACAACAUAAAUGAAGUAUGAGGUGCCAUGAAGCAUCCGUUGCCUCGGAUGCCAAUCAGGUUAAAUGUGCCUUUUUCUCCUAAUCUGCAUAUUUCAACCCUGCUCGUCGUUCUUUUUCUUUAUUUGUAUAACCAAUGAAACAUUUGUAUUUUAAGUGCUUCUUUUUUUUGGCUCCAUGCAGAUCAAAUCAAAUGCUAUCAGGGCACUUGGGAAUCUUUCAAGAUUUGCCAAUUGCACAGAGAAUUCUACUGAAGCGUCGAUGGAGUCUACAGGUACAGAUGUUGCAAUGGCUUCAAUCGUCUGAAAUUGGUUCAUAAUUUCCAUAGCUGAAGUAAAUGAUGCAUAAUUCAGGCAACAAUAUCAAAGGUGCUUCCAUUGAUACUCGCCAUUGGCUCGAGAGAAUGGUACAAGCAUUUGUCUCAUGUGUAACUACGGGAAAUGUAAAGGUAUGUAAAGUUGUUGCAAUUUAAUCUCCAAUAUCGAUAUUAGUGAACACCAAUGGUAGUUUUAAGAUCCUUCAUUCAAAUUUAAUCUUUGAUGUGUUUGCGGACUGUUGUUCAUUUGAUACUACUCUCUAUCAUGCAUUUCACAUAAAUCUUUAAUUAUUUAUCUGUCUGGAUUAUGGUUGUAUGGGAAGUAGAAGAAAUGAAGCUUUUGUUUUGUAAAUUUUAUCUCCAGAUUUAUCAAAUUGAGUCAUCAUUUUUUUCCAACAUUGUCAACUCUUGUAUUUGUGAACAGGUGCAAUGGAAUGUCUGUCAUGCUCUUGGAAAUUUAUUCUUGAAUAAGACUCUGAAGCUACAAGAUGUGCCUUGGUGAGUUAUAGUUUUGUUUUGUGCGUUUCAACAUUCAAAAUUUGAAAAUGACGUAGUCAAUGAAGGUCACAUUUGAUUUCUGUUAGAUUUUGUGCUUUGUUCAGGUUACAGUUUUUUUUCAUUUGAAAAAGGGUUGGCUGGUAAACAUAGUAGUAUUCUAAGAAGUAAUAGUUUGACAAUGGAACUUAUAUUGCGAACCAUUGCAGGGAUGCAAUUCCAAUUUUUAUGUUAUAUUAUAUGUACCUAUAUUAUAGAAAAUUAAAAUGACUCCUCGUGUCUUUUGCUUAUCAUGACGUAUCUACUUGUGCUUGCAAAUGUACCCCCCAAACUCCACCAAUCUAGCACACGCCAUAGAAGUUAGGCAAGAAACUUGACAAAAUUACUACGUAAAAGUAAACAUAUUAUGUAUUGUGGGAAAUGUUUAAUAGAAAAAGAAAUUGCCUAUAUUGGACUGGUCUAGAUCGUCCAGAACGUGCUGUUCUUGUUGCACAUUAUGAUACUGAGGUAUAAGUACAUUCUCAUGUUUAUGUAAGGCUGUGAAUUAAAUAUAUUGUACGGAGACUAAAGAAGCUGCAUGUUGUUUGUGAAUGCUUCUGAACUUUUCUUCGCAUAAUCAGUCUUUCAUAUUUUUCCAAUGAGCCAUCUACAGACUAAAAUGAAUAUAUCUCAGAUUAUCUUUUAUCUCAAUGUAUUUUGUCAGGGCUCCUUCUGUUUACAGUAUCCUUCUGUUGCUUCUACGUGACUCGACCAAUUUCAAAAUCAGAAUACAUGCUGCUGUUGCAUUGGCUGUGCCAGAAUCGAGAGCUGGUUAGAAGUUUUGCAUAUAUUUCUCUUUCUCAUCUUAUUCGGCUGUGGAAGUUAAAUUGAGAUUUCCUCAAGUAUUUAUUUUGGGUCCAGUAAUAAGAUAUAGUGUGGCAGGAUCUGUUGGUAUGCGUGCUGCUUUUUCCGUCUAUUACUUUUGUUCAUGCGUUAAGUUAUUGGUUAUGUAACCAGAGGCUUACAGACAGAUUCAUAUGCCUUUCGAGAAGCAGUUUCUAGUCCUGCAGAUAGUUUAGCUUAUUGUCUGUCGCUAAUGUGGGGACCUGAAGCCCAAGGAGAUUUUAUUUAUUGGUGUCAGCAGAAUAGUCUGUGACUUCUGGUGCACUUCAUGGGGGUUUUGCCCUCAGGUUUCAUGUUAUGCCAAUUUGAACUUUCUCGACUUGUUCAACUGCGGCUUGACAAUGCACUUGCAGUUUUUGGUCAAAUGUACUCUGUAGAUGGUGGAAUGCAUAAAGUUGAAUAUAAUAAAAUAGGAAGUUGAGAGAUUUCUUUGAAAUUGUUCAUUUGGUCUCCACACUUCUGUUUUUACCCAUAUCCUGUGGUGAGUUGUCCACUUUAUUCCUUCAAGUUUUGAUUUGUCCACCCUCUAUAAGGUCCUGAUUUAUGUAUAGAUUCUUUAGAAUGUUUCUCUAUUCUAGAGGGUACAAUGGAAACGCUACCAGGAAAUACUCUAUAUCCAGUCCUCUUCAUGUAAUGGUAACCAAUUCAGGUCUCCACUGAACUGUAUACAGCUACCUUUUCUUCACUACCUUUAUGAGUGCCUGGGAAACCUUAUUUCUACUACGUUUUCAGCAUUUUUUGGUGGAUUCCCUGUACCUCGUCAUGUAGCGUCCUGAAAGUAGGUACAUGUUGGUAGUCAUUUUGGGCAAAUAACCUCUGUAGAUUUUUCAGUGAAAUGCAUUUAAUUCUUAUCAAUUGAUUUUCGUCUACAUCAAAAUAAAAGCAAGAUAAACUUCGGAUCAAAUCCUAUGUGAGUAGAUGGUAAUCCUGUGAUGAACUUUUCUUUGUGUUUCAUGUCUCUUUUGGGCUUUGAUGGUUGUUGAUGCACUGGACAAUUCGUGUUGGAGAUUUGUGCAAGCAUGCCACUUAAGUAUUUCCGCUCGUCUUCAAUACUCAAAGUACAUUUUAUCCAAUUGAUUUCACAUCGAUGAGCACGUCUUCAUGUAGAUAUGGAUUUCAAAAUGUCGUAUUCACAUCAUAGAUGAGUGUUAUAUACAUGUACAAGGGCCACAAAACAAGGAAACUACCUAAUAACUAGGAGACUGACAAACUAGGAAAUGGUCUGACUGAGUACCGAACUCCUAACUAUGCGGUCAUUUCCACACCGAAUGAAAUAUUUAGCUUUCAUUUUAUAUUUUUCAUGAUGAUGCCAUCUUUUUACCUCUUUGGAGAAUUGCAACUCCAUUGACUCUAUUAUGUUCUUUGAUGCUUAGGAUUUUGUUUUACUCUAUUUUUCCUUCAUGAUUUUGUCAUAGGAAUGAUAGAACUCUAACAUAUUUUGAAAUUAAAAUCAACAUAAUCUUAAAAAAUAGAAAUGCCUUUGUAUUUUUUUGCCAUUUUUCUUGAUCAAAACCAUUUAGUCUUAAUAGAUAACUUUGCACAUGCGUGGCUCUAUUUUAUGCAGAUUAUGGGAGUUCAUUCUCUGAUAUUCUCCAAAGUCUUGAACAUGUACUUGAAUCCAUAGCGUCUGAACAAGUCCAAGAUCCUUCAAGUUUUAAGUACAGAGAUGCUCUUGAAAAGCAGGUCAGUUUCAUAUCCACCUGUAAGUUAAAUUUUAUACCUUUUUAGCUUGGUUUCACUGGGGGCAUGUUGAAAAUCUUUUCCAGUUGACAUUGACCACACUACAUGUGCUUGGCCUGGGUUCCCUCCAAGAUGAUCAGGCUCUCAAGGAUUUCCUCAGAAAGGUAAGAACACGUCAAACAGUUAUUUUGAUCAAAAUUCAUGAACGAUUGAGAUCUAUCCGUGCAGGUAGCGAGAUUGAAUAACAUACAGUGAAGAUUUAUUCAUUUAUUUUUCUACAACUUUUUUUUGGUUGUCUGAUGGCCUGUUUGCUAAUGAAAAUGAUUUGAUGUAGGGUUUUGAUUUGACACAUUGUCUUGAUGUUAUGCUAUAAUGUUUUUUUUAAAGCACUAGUUUAUAAUACGUCUCUGAAUUACUUUCAAAUGCGUUAAUUAAAUAGUAGGGACUCAUGCCUGCGCCUUUAAAAAUCUAGAGGUGGAUGUGUUUGAUUUGUUGGGAUAAAUAAUUAGCACAUACAAGAGGAUAAGAAAAGGCUUACGAUUUAUGAACUGCUGGAUACAAAGAAAGGACUAGAUUUCGAAACUAAUGAUUUCUUGGUUUCUUUAAGCCUAAUGUUGUGUGCGUGUCCUAAGUGGACAUUUCGGAUUUCUUUGUGAAGAAUCGCUGUCUCUCGUUCUUCCUUGAGCAAAAUGAGAAUUCUUAUUAUGAUUUCAUAAUUUUCAUAGUAACUUUGCGUUUCAGUUGAUUCUGGUCUUAUGGGCUUUAACCAAGAUCUGCGGAGUUUUCAAUAAAAUGCCAAUUUUCAUAAUCAUAACACCAGUUUUAUUAGAUACCUAGUUGUAUCACUCGUUGGGAUGAAUUGAAAGGAGUAUGUGUUGAAUGUGGAAACAGUCACGUUGUCUCUUUCAGGUUUCCAGACAAAAUCGCGGUUUGAAAUGCACUGAUUAUGUCAUUUAGGCAUCAGAUGGAUGCUUAGGAGGUUGAACAUUUGUGCAAACUGUAGGGAAAUGAUCUGGAAUAAGGGAAAGAAUUGGAUGAGAGUGGCAGAGUUUUACCUCCCCUUUAAAAGGUGUUCAUGUAGCUCUAACCACUACUAGCUGAAGAAGUUGAUUCAGUUUGAGUUAUGAAUAUCAUCAAUAAGUUCUCAUCUUCCUUUCCCGAGGAUUGAAAAGUAUUCUCUUGCUCUUGUAUUAUCAAAUAAAGUUGCCUGGGCAUCCGAAAAAAGCCAGUUGUCAAAAAAAAUCAGUGAGACUCAGUUGGCAGUGGUUUCCAUCAUACUUUUAGAAAAUACUGCUUGGCCAUAAUUUCCUCGGGGCUGCCGUACAGAAACGUAUGAAGCUGUUCUUCCUGCCAAUCAGUCAAUUUUGUGGGCUAAUGCUUCCACAUCUUUGAAGCAGGCCACCUGGUUUCUCGUAGCUAUAGUGAGAAAAGGAGAGAAGAAUACCUGAGGGAGGAGGGAAGUUGACAGUCCUUCAAAUCCUAAGCAUCAGAGACAAGAGGACAUCAACAAAAACCUCCUUGACAAUUCUAGUUGUAUCUCAUAAAACUGUGGGUAUGUAAUCUCCUGAACUAGUAUCCAGAAGCAGAACAACCUGGGGCCUUGGAACCAGGCAAUUUCCUCAUCAGUCUACCCAAAUUAGCCUAUCCAAAGGUUGCAAGACGAAAAUGGUGGCAUCAGAUACGUUAUUGCAGAUGGAGUGGAAAAAAUGUUUUGGAGCCAUGUGGAGUUGACUGAUAUUUCGUUGGAUGGUAGCCACAGGGUUUUUUUUACACUUUAUGAUGUAUUUUCUUAUUGUUUUCUGAUAAGAGUAGGUUUAAAUUUCUUUUAUUACUACGAACUUAUCUUUUAAAUCCGACACAUGAGAUCGAUUUUUUCCCCUUUUCUCUCUUGCAGAAAGCUACUUUCCUUGAGCAGUGGCUUUCAUCUCUCUGCUCAUCCCUGCCACAGACGCCGGGCCACCUGGAGCACGAUGCAUCGUCUUCGGACAAACAAGAGAAUGAAUUAAGUUCUCAUGCCGUGAGAAAGCAGAUGAUAUCUAGAGCAGCCAAGUCCCUGUCAGAACUGUACGAACACAGCAACCAGAGCAGAAUUUCCCAGAGGUUAGAGAAAAUGGCCCUUGGGUUGUCAUAG